GCUAAACCAGACUUUCUGCUUCCUCCCUGUGCUGACUGAGAUAUCAGACAGCUGAAGUCCUGGUAUGUGGUUCAGGUCGCUGGCGGUGAGUGCCUGCACUCUCGGUGUUCUCGGAGCUGUCUCGCAUAAAUUCGUUCCCACAGGCUUGUUUCACUCCGCUCUUAGGAAGUCAUCUCUGGUGGAACAGACAGACAUGAAGGUAGAACUGCUGCCUGCUCUCACCGACAACUACAUGUACCUCCUCAUCGAUGAAGACACGAAGGAAGCAGCCAUAGUCGAUCCAGUAGAGCCUCAGAAAGUUGUAGAUGCGGUCAAAAAGCAUGGUGUGAAGCUCAAAACCGUCCUGACAACUCACCAUCACUGGGAUCAUGCAGGAGGUAAUGAGAAACUGGUAAAGCUCAUGCCAGGACUGACAGUUUAUGGGGGAGAUGACAGAGUGGGAGCUUUAACUCAGAAAGUCACACACUACAACACUUUCAAAGUGGGCUCCCUGAAUGUAAAGUGUUUGUUCACGCCAUGUCACACCAGCGGUCACAUCUGCUAUUUUGUUACAAAAGAAAACAGCACCGAACCACCAGCUGUGUUUACAGGCGAUACUCUGUUCGUGGCCGGCUGUGGAAAGUUUUUUGAGGGUACCGCUGAUGAGAUGUAUAAAGCCCUGAUCGAGGUUUUAGGCCGUCUUCCUCCAGAGACGCGUGUGUACUGUGGUCAUGAGUACACCAUCAAUAAUCUGAAGUUUGCUCGGCAUGUUGAACCAAAUAAUGAGGUCAUCCAGAAAAAGUUAGCAUGGGCUAAGGAAAAAUACGAUAACGGAGAGCCAACCAUUCCCUCUACACUGGCUGAUGAGUUCACAUUUAACCCCUUCAUGAGAGUGAGAGAGAAGUCGGUACAAGAGCAUGCUGGGACCAGUGACCCGAUUGAAGCCAUGAGAAACAUCCGUAAAGAGAAGGACCGCUUUCGAGUCCCGAAGAACUGAGCUCUCGGGCUUGUCUGCGCUGGUCAUCACCACUACUUUUAUAUCUGCUCAUCAUUUCACUAACAAUAGCAGGACAUGAAGCAUAUGUGGAAACUCCAUUUAUAGCAGAAGCACAAGUAUUGAGCUGUUUAUUUUCAUGUUUUUUUCUUUAAGGCAGCGUAUCGUCUUCAUUGAGCAAUAUACAGGAUUGUUAACCUGUAAAACAAUGUUUUCAAACCAUUAAUAUAAGCAAUAGAUCAAAC